UUCAGAACCCCCUUCUGGUUGUGAUUCAGCGACACAAAGAGCGUAGGAAGCUGAGGCUAAUUCUUAGAAUGAGUAUGAAGUAGCUGGAAUAUGGAUUUCUAGGCUGAAGGUUAUGCUAGCCGCUCUCCCAGCCCCACUACUCCAAGCAAUGGUUUAAAGGGAAUGUGUUUCCCCUGAGAUUUUUAUCCGCGACAUUUUCAACUCCAGGUUUUCAAUGUUCAAUGAAAAUUUGUUUAAUUUGUGUUGCUUGCCGAGUGAUUAAGUGAGGAGGAGGCGGUGGUGACGGCAGCAACAAUUGAACCCGUAGCAUUUGCAAAACGAAUCGGAUAAAAUCAGUGACAACGGGCUUUGUUAUUAUUGACAGAAUUCAACAUCGGGCUAGUUCAAUAACAAAAUGGGCGAGAGGCCCUCUCUGAAGGUUGCCAAAAUACGGGAAGGUGAAUUUGAAAUGUUAUUGGAAGGUGUCGGUGAACUCAGCAGAAUCAACAAAGCAAGCUUGGUUAUCUUGCCAAGUUGAAGUAAAAGUCAAAGUCUCGUUGUGUUCCGGCCUUGUCAGAUUGCAUCUCACGUACUCCUCUCAGAUCGAACCUUGAGUGCUGGAGAGAUACAGAAGAGACCCACAAAACCUGCUGAUUUAGUUUUCUGAUGUUAGUCAGCAUCAAACAUAAGGUUUUUUUUCGGGGCGGGAGGGGGAAUCUAAAAGGCAGGUUGAGUGAGUAAAGAGAAUAGAAACACUUAAGUUUAAAUAGGGCAUUAAAGUGGAACAGGUUUAAACUGAUGAGACAAAUUUGUAAAUUGUGUUGGAACUUGUCAGCCUAAGUUUUUAGUUGGUAAUAUUUCCAGUUCUGAGUGAGAAGUUUGGUUUAAGUUUCAUUCCAAGUUUAACAGAUUGAUAUCUUCGUGCUGCGUUUUGGGUGGGUCAUUGAAACUGGAGCCCCACCUACCCUGCCAACUGGAUCGAAGAGAAAAUAUGAAUACAAUUUUUCAAGAUCACAAAAACAUAUCUCACUUGCUGCUGGAACAAGUGGGAUUCUUUGAGGAAAAGUGGAAUGCUAUGAUGAUGGAAGAGUUGGGACAUGUCCUACCUUUUGAAUGAAAAAACAGGUACAUAGUCAACCAGAAAUGGGGAACUAUGGCAGUCAUUCUCUUGGGAUUCCUGCUGGGAAAGGACCAAAUCUUGUCGGAUGUAUUGAUUUGAUGAAUGAUCAUACAAUUCAGGGGAUUUUUUUACGCUUGUACUACCCAUGUGAACCAAGUGGAAAGCAACAAGAACCACUGUGGAUUCCUAAUCAUGAGUAUUACUAUGGGCUUGCUGAUUUUCUUAAACAUAACAGAAAAUUUGUUGACUAUAUUUUAAACCAUUUAUAUGGGUCAUACAGCAUUCCUGCAGAAUGGGAUGCCCCAUUUAAAACUGGAAGAUAUCCUUUAGUCAUUUUCUCUCAUGGCCUUGGAGCUUUCAGGACUCUGUAUUCAGCUAUAUGUAUUGAACUGGCUUCACAGGGAUUUGUAGUCGCUGCAGUGGAACACAGGGAUGGGUCGGCUUCAGCCACCUACUACUAUGAAGAGAAAGUGAAAGCAGUCAAUAAAGUAGGAGAAUCAACCUCCACUAGCAGUUCAGCACUUCCUUUAGAUCAGUUGCAGAGGAAAUGGCUUUAUUAUAAGCCACUUAAAGAGGGAGAGCAAGAAUUUCCACUCCGGAAUGACCAGGUACAUCAGAGAGCAGAAGAGUGCACCAAGGCCUUAAAUCUGCUUACUGAUAUAAACAUGGGAAAGCCAGUCAAUAAUAUAUUUCCAGUGAAUUUUGAUUUCACUAAAAUGAAGGAUUCUCUGGAUCUGCACAAAGUAGCUAUCAUGGGCCACUCAUUUGGUGCAGCCACAGUUAUUGAUUCACUCAGCAAAGAUGUUCGGUUUGGAUGUGGAGUGGCAUUAGAUGCUUGGAUGUUCCCACUGGAGGAUGAGGUAUAUACCAAGGUACAGGAGCCAAUACUGUUCAUCAACUCCGAAAAAUUCCAAUGGGUUAUUAAUAUCCUGAAAAUGAAAAAACUUGAUUCAAAUGAAAUACAGCGAAAAAUGAUUACAAUCAUGGGAACAGUACAUCAGAGCUUCCCUGAUUUCACAUUUUUGACCGGCACUUUCCUUGGAAAGAUAUUUCGAUUAAAAGGAACAAUAGACCCCCUUAUAGCUAUUGAUAUUAGCAACAAAGCUUCUUUAGCAUUCAUGCAAAGACACUUGGGUCUUGAGAAGGACUUUGAUCAAUGGGAUCCCCUAAUUGAUGGACAAGGAGAACACGUUAUACCAGGCACAAAUAUUCAUUUGCCUUCUGAGCCCAAGCAAUGACUCAUGAGUUCUGAAUCCAAACUAUGAAUGUUGAGCGUACUGUGGUAAAAUAAAAAUAACUAUCAGCGUGAAUGGAUUUAUCUGCACUGAACACUCACAUUGUGCAAAACAUUUGCCUUAUGCGAUCUUUAAAAUUAGAGUUUAAGGAAUGUGUCCUCAGCCAUAAAAUACAAUUUACCUCCAGAAUUAUUUCUGUAAUUUUGUGUGUAAAUCCAUGCAUCUUUUGGAUGAAUAAUAUAACAUUCAUGUACAGGUCUAACAUUCUUCCAGGGCUCUAAAACAGUGGGGUUCCAAGUUGGAGUAACUCUUAUUGAUUGUCUCAAUUUUAAAAUUGAAUUGUAUUAUACUGAGUUUUUAAGGAUUUCAAUUAUUGCAUUCAGUAUUUUGAAAUUACAUUGAACUAUUUACAGGUAUGAUGCAGCAUUAAUUUAAUCUGUAUGUUUUCCUAAAACUACUGUUGUGAUGAAGCUAAAUGUUCACCUGUGAUUAGAACUCAUUAAGAAAAAAAAUUCUUAAGAAUUAGUGUAUAACAAAUUUUUGGAAACAUAAAUGAUUAUUUCAUUCA